AUGACCAUACCAAACUCCGACGAGGUCCCACCGGCAUACUAUCCAUCCCAGGAAGUCGAUUUUCCCACCGAUGAGAAAGAAGGAGAUUCCUUGAUCCUCUCACCUGAUGAAAACGAGCCCGGGUUAGCCGCUGCCUCUACUCUCAGCCGCGGCCUCCAGGUGCCAUCCAGAUCCACAGCUUGCACAUCUGGAUUCGAGUAUCCCGCUGAACUGGCCUCCUACAAUAUCUCCAAAGACCAAUGGACAAAAUUUACACAAGUUGUCUGUGACGAGGCCAAGCUUUCAUGGCCGCAGUGGAGAACGGUCGUUGGCAAGGGACUGGGAACAAUGGCAGUAGGCGGGCUAAUGAUUGGUGUCCUGGGAGCCAUUCCUGCGAUCUUCGUUGCCCGUCAGAGUAGACAACGGCAAGAACAGCGAAACCUGAUCUCGUCGAUGGCAGGAGCUCGGGGGGAACAUCUCUCUCGCCACAUCUCGCAAUGGAAUGAGACGUUUUUUCGGCCUAGGGGGAUCUUGAUCCGCGUUGACUUGCCGCAUGAGUACUUGGAAGAUAUGGAGGAUAUGAAUAUCCAUACGAGUGGUGGAGCAAGACGAUCUACGGAGAAGAAUCGCGAUAAGGCGGCGCUCAAGGCGAGAAUUGUCAUCAUUCCACUUGACGAGUCGAUGUCAAAGUCGGAGUUCGCUUGA